UUCCGGUGUAGGGCGGAAGUUGGGAGCAAGGAGCUUGUGGAGGUGCCAAUAAUGGGAGCUCACCUGGCCAGACGGUACAUCUCCGAGACGGACACCGAGCCGGACCCGGCGAAGAAGUACGAGUUCGACCCGCAGCUCGGCUUCGAUGAGCGGAAAGAGAGAGAAAUGCUAGCGAGCCAGGAGCAGAUGAACUUGGCCCAGCUGCCUUUGGAGCAGAGGGACUACUGUGCCCAUCAUCUCCUGAAACUGAUGAAGUGCAAGAGAGACAACUGGCCCAACUUCCUGGCCUGUAAGCACGAGAGGCAUGACUGGGACUACUGUGAACACCAGGACUAUGUGAUGCGUAUGAAGGAGUAUGAGAGGGAGAGGAGGCUCCAGCUGAGGAAGAAGAGAGUCGAGGCCCAGGCUGAAGCCGCAUAAUCAGUACAUCCUCCAAUUCUUCUUUGUAUAUACGCUGUUCACAAUAAACAAAACUGAUUAAUCUUCA